CUGUCUUAGGUCCAGAUCUGCUUCUGUCAGUUGCGAUUCUGAGGGUGGCCCAGAAAAAUAUCUGAAGAUAGCCACUCAAGAAAACACCAUGAAAGAUAUUGACAUCAAGAGACUACUGUAUGUCCAUCUAUUAUGCAUAUUUUCAAUUAUCCUAAGCAUCUUCAUUCCAUCAUUCUUCUUGGAGAACUUCUCAGUACUGGAAACACACUUGACAUGGUUGUGCAUCUGUUCUGUUUCUGUAACUGCCGUCAAUUUAGUAUUGUAUUUAGUAGUGAAACCAAAUGCAUCUUCUAAAAGAAGUUCAUUAUCGUACAAGGUAACCAGAUUUUUGAAAUGCUGUAUCUACUUUCUUAUGUCUUGUUUCUCCUUUCAUGUAAUUUUUGUUCUAUAUGGAGCACCACUAAUAGAGUUGGCGUUGGAAACAUUUUUACUCGCAGUUACUUUGUCCACUUUUACUACUGUACCUUGUUUAUGUUUGUUAGGACCAAACUUCAAAGCAUGGCUAAGAGUUUUCAGUAGAAAUGGGGUUACAUCCAUUUGGGAGAAUAGUCUCCAGAUCACUACAGUUUCUAGUUUUGUAGGAACAUGGCUUGGAGCCUUUCCUAUUCCACUCGAUUGGGGAAGACCAUGGCAGGAAUGGCCCAUCUCCUGCACGCUUGGAGCAACCUUUGGCUACGUGGCUGGCCUUGUUACUUCACCACUCUGGAUAUACUGGAAUAGAAAGAAACUUACAUACAAGAACAAUUAAUUGGAGCAAAGGGAGAAGAUAUUUCUUUGUGCAGAUUCCAUAAAGACUGUGCAGACAUGUAUAUGGUCUAAGCCAGGCAGUUCCACUUAACAGCACUGUUUUUUAUGUAGUUACAACAUGAUGUGAUUGUAGCUUUUUAAACUAUGAAACCCCUGAGAGAUUGUACCUUCUAGUUGAAA